AUGGCAGCCACUUCCAAAACCAGCGACCAGCCUGCCGCGAUGCAAGACAAGCAUAUCAACUUCUUCCCAAAUCUUCCACCCUACUCGGAUCCUAAGACGGGCCUAUUGUCCAAGCUCCCGUCUUCAUGGAUCCCAUACGCCCAGCUCAUGCGUAUUGAUCGCCCUGGUGGCCUCUAUGCGUUCUAUUUCCCCUAUCUGAUUGGGAUCAUGUACGCUGCCUGCAUUUUGCCAACGACUGUCGAACCUCUUACCCUCCUGAUGAUGGCUGCGGUGCUCCUACCUCUCAAUAUCCUCCUACGUGGUGCCGCCUGCACCUGGAAUGAUACCCUCGACCAGGAAUUUGACCGACGUGUCGAGCGCUGUCGCCACCGGCCUGUUGCGCGAGGCGCCGUCUCCACCCGGCAGGCUCACAUUUUCACAUGUGCACAGCUGGCGGCUGGAUAUCCGAUCUUGAGGUUCUUUCCCGUUGCUUGCACGUGGCAUAUGUUGAUUAUGGUCGUCCUGUUCUUCAUCUAUGCAUACAUGAAACGUGUCACGUACUACCCCCAAGUCGUUCUCGGGUUUCCCUUCGCCUGGGCCAUCUUGUUCUGCGUCGCUGCGAUGGACCUGCCGGUCUUAGGUGUGCAUACUGCGUCAACUUUCGCACUCUAUGCGGCAAACGUCUUAUGGACAAUCACCUAUGACACCAUCUACGCACACCAGGAUAUUGCCGACGAUGAAAAGGCGGGUGUCAAAGGUAUGGCGGUUCGUUUCAGGGACAGCACGAAGCUUCUGGCCAGUAUCCUGGCCACCAUGCAGGUCGCGUUGCUUGCGCUGUCCGGGCUCCGGGCCGGGUUUGGGCCCACGUACUUCGUCGGGACUGUGGGUGGUGUUGCGGCCGCUAUGGGCUACUACAUAUACGACGUGGAUUUGAAGAAUCCUCAGAGCUGUGGAACUUGGUUUGGAGCGCAAUUUUGGAUUGUCGGUGCUGGGUUCAUGGCGGGGCUGACGGGCGAGUAUAUCCUCAGCGUUGCGCCAUGA